GGCCGCCAUCGAUACAACACUGUACCCGUCCAACUGACAGCGAUUCUGUCUUCAAUGUAGAACGAAAUAUUCUCGCGCCACGCUCUUGGGGUUCUUGCGACUCUUUAUAAACGGUUCGAUCAUGUAUUGGCGGUCUGGGCCGUGGCUCAGUUCUUCUCUGCUUCCAGAAUUUCCCAGCUCAUUACAGGCACUCUCCCAUUUCAAUUAAACAUGGCUUCUGUCCUUGAAGACAUCUUAGCACCUUUCCUCAGUGCCGAGAGUAUCAUCACUCAAACGAUUUCUACCGUCGCCGUAACAUUCUUCAUAUAUGGAAUCUACUGUGUUGUGUUUGGAUUAUCGAUUCGCGUCCUUAUUCGCCGUAAUAGUCGUGCCCACAAAUUAUACACCGGUUGUUCCAUAGCUCUUUUUGUGCUAGCAACCAUCUACACCGCUGUCAAAACUUGGGGAGCUUUACAGCAGGCCCUCAAUGGAUUCCGUGCUGUGAAGACAAAGGAUUAUCUUCCUUUUGUCCAGUACCUCGAGGGAAAUGACGGGGAAGCUGCUUGGGUUGGAACCUCAGACAUGAUAUCGACUCUCAUGAAUUCAAUAGCCGACACUAUGCUCAUUCACCGCUGUUACGUUCUUUUCAAUUACAACAAAUUUAUCUUGUUUCCUCUUGCAUUCAUUGCAUUCGUUUUGAAUGGUAUUGAUUUAGGUUGCAUCAUUACCAUCACCACUGGGCUCGGGACUUCUUCAAAACCUCUCAAACUGCCUAUUGUGCUUAAGGCAUAUUCAAUUGAUCAUGAUGCAUUGAUAGGCAUAGUUGUUUUCCAGAUUGUCUUGGCUUUGAUAACUGGAGGGCGCAUUUGGUGGAUUACCCGUCAAACAAGACAAAUGAUGGUAGGGUCCAUACACUCAAGAUAUAAUGAUAUUGUCGCUAUCAUCAUCGAAUCUGCAUUGCUUUACGCAGGCAUCCUCUUGGCUGCUGUAGUGCUUGAAGAUGUAUUGGAUCCCUUCAUGACGGGUGUUUUUCCAUUUGAUAUCCCAGUCGUCCCAUCACUCAUGUCUGGCCUCGCUCCUACGAUGGUCAUUGCUAGGAUAGCGUACGGCAAAGCCGUGGACAAUUUGAAUGUUGACUCGCAGACAGUGUCGACAUUUCGCGCUGCAAGUGGUCAGACCCCUAGUCAACAGAUGUCCGAUGCUGGCAUGGGACGAGCCGCUAUCCAAUUCCAUCUUCGAAUGGACGGUACGGAUGAAAGAGUUUAG